UCCGUUGACGCUGGAUAACAACUUCGAGGGUGAUUUUGAAUUUACACGGCACAUUGUCUAGUCUACACGCAAUAUUUUAAUAAAUAUGUGCCCCUAGAAAAGGAAUUACGUGUUUCCGUUUUACUUACCAUUGUUUCCGUUAACGGCUCGCGUUUAGGCGGAUCUGAUUAGUCGUUAAAAGUUGUUUACGGAAGAAGCGGGGACAAUGGCAUCAUUCAGAAUUCACGAAGAUCAAGAAAAUGCUUCUCUGGCAAUCAGAAAAGAAAAUGCCGAUGUAUUUUCGGCUGCACAGCGGCGUGCCCUCGGCGACCUCAGUCAUUUCGCCUGCAAUCAGAGCCGGAAUAUCAAAUUGGCCGGAUUGACAAAUGGACCUUGCAAAGUCCAAGAUGAGACAAGGACAGUGCGUCAAAUUAAAAAUGAAAAGAACAUUGUGCCCCCUGUGGCGCAAUUUCGCGCCUUCAGCGUGUAUGAAGAUAAACCAUCGGAGCUGGAGGCCAAAAAACGCGAGCCGACUUUCAAACCGUUCGUUGCAAAGGACACUAAAAAAGAGAGCUUUUUCAUCAGCGCCGCGGAAAACGUACGCGCCCUAUGCGCUCAGGUUGAGAAGCAGUCAGAUCGGCCUACAGAAGCACCUCCCAAAAGACUGCCGUUGCAAGAAAAGAAAGAUGUGGUGGAAUCACCCAUGUCCGUUGGAGAUGCUAGCAUCCUGUCAUCAAUGUCAAUCUCCAAGAAUGAGAGUGAGAUUUUUGAAGUUACUCUGGAAGAAGAUGAGGAGGACACAACCACCGCACAGACAGACAGAGAGAUGUUCUUCCAUGUUGUGGAGUAUCGGCAGGAUAUUUAUGAAUACAUGAGGGAAAUAGAGGUUAAGCACAGAGCGAAACCAGGCUACAUGCGGAAACAACCAGACAUCACCUAUGUGAUGCGCUCAGUGCUUGUGGACUGGCUGGUAGAAGUGUGUGAUGAAUACGGCCAGCAGAGCGAGACUCUCCACCUCGCAGUGUCCUAUGUCGACCGGUUCUUGUCCUACAUGAGUGUGGUGCGCACGAAACUACAACUCGUCGGUACCGCGGCCACUUAUAUUGCGGCGAAAUAUGAGGAGGUGUACCCACCCGAGGUGUCCGAGUUCGUGUAUAUCACGGACGACACUUACACGAAGCGCGAGGUGCUGCGCAUGGAGCACCUGAUCCUGAAGGUGCUGUCGUUCGACCUAUCCACGCCCACCUCGCUCGCCUUCCUCUCGCACUACUGCAUCUCCAACCAGCUGCCUAAGAAGACCUUCCAUCUGGCGGCCUACAUCGCGGAGCUAUCCCUGCUGGAGGCGGACCCGUACCUGCAGUACAAGCCGUCCGUCAUCGCGGCCGCGGCGCUGGCCACGGCGCGCCACUGCCUGCACUGCCGCCGCUGCGACAAGCCCAGCGACGACAACGACACUAUUCACGACGAGUGCCUGUCGGCGGCGUGGCCGGCGGCGCUGGCGGCGUGCGCCGGGUACUCGGCCGCCGAGCUCACGCCGUGCCUGCGCGAGCUGGCGCGCACGCACGCGCACGCGCAGCGGCAGCCCUACCAGGCCAUCGUCGACAAGUACAAGACCAACAAGUACGAGAGCGUGUCGACGCUGGCGGCGCGGCCGCUGUGCCCCGUGGCGCCGUACUCGCCGAGCGCCGCGCCCGCGUCCCGGGACAGCUCGCGCUCCAGCUAACAACCCGCCUCACGCCCGCCACACUUUCAGCCUACGUUUUAUUUGGAGCUAACUUGGGUGUAGCAUUUUAUUGUCUACUCUUAGUUUGUCCGUCUUAAAAAAAUAAAAUAAAAACGAAUAUUGAAACUUUGGAUAUUUUGUAGAAAAUCCUAAUCGUGUCAAAAACACGCAUAGCCCGAGAUUAGAGGGCAAGACUCGUUAAUGAAAAAAAAACACGCCACAGUUUGCUCCAGUAAAAAAUAGACUUAAAGUAUGAGUAAGCAAGGUAACAUUCUAGCAACUUUCGACUUUGCGCGUUACUGUUACGCGGACACUUUUGAAUUUUUCUCAGAUUACUGGGCGCUAUCAAUGUUUGAAUCCGUAGAUCGUAGAACGUAGAGUCGAAAGUUUUAAAUGCAGCAGGCAUUUAAUUAAAUUUAGAGUGAGCCAACAUUUCAUACAAUCUGGCGUUUCAAAGAUGUUAAUAAAUUCGUAAGAUAUUUGCGUAUUUUAGUACUACUUACUCUAAAGACAUGUUAUCAUGUUAACCUGACGGUAUCAAUUCCUAUCAUGUGAAUCUCUGAUAUUUAUACUGUGAUGUCUUCCUUUGUCUUCGCCAAGUUUGUAUGGAUUGAUUGACCCUCGUAUGUGUUAGUAUAAUUUGGUCGGUCCCGGGGUCGUUAUAGUGCGCACCGAAGUUCCCAGGGUACUAACUUCAGUUCCGCAAAUAUUGCAUUUGGGACCAAUUUCUACGGAAAUGACAAGCUAUAAAGUAUUUCAUUAUUCUUCAGUACCUGGCAAGUAACUAUCCUAAGAUUUCAUGUAAAGUGCGGGCGUAGAUUACCGCGCUCUUUACUUAUAGAUUUAAAUAAAAUAUGACUGACUUGAGUGACCCAGUAAACUUGCAUUUACGAAUAUUUUACAGGUAUUACUCCUAUUGAAACUAAGGUUUCCGUUUUCUAGAUAUUGAUUGUGUGAAUUAUUACGAUAGUUGUAGUAUUAACAGUUUCCUAUGGAAAUGUAAAAGAAGACUACAGUUAGUUUGUGCUAUAAAAGAACAUUAAAACGUGAGGUGCGACUGUGUAGUACUGCGUUACACGUUACAGUCCACCUUUAGAUGCACGAAAUAGCUAAGAUCACAUUGUACAGAUUUAAUUUUAAGUGUUAUAAUUUUUUUUAUUUUGUCAUACUUUUGUGUUCAUCUCAUUUACAGUUUUCUGCAUUUUUUCCGCGUUCUACAUCCUUACUUGGAUCAAUAAUAAAAUUGGGGUUUACUCUCGGCACUAUGUAUAUUACUUUGAAUGGGUAAUGUGUCUAAUAGUAUGAAAAACGCGCGAUUCAAUUCAAACCUAAAUGUUUGUUAGUAAAUUAUUAUUUUUGAGACCUAAGGUAUGUUUUAAUAUUGCUAAUUAGUUUAUAAUGUAAUUUAAUAUAAUAUAAUCGCAAUUUUGCUUCAGUUUUACACUAUGGAGGGUAAGUACCUAUGAGUAUAUUGAUAAUAUAUAUUGAUAUUUUGAAAUAA